AUCAGGUGGUUUAAGUAUCGACAGACUGUGCAGGAAUCUUGGAACACAUUUUUCGAUGAAAUUCCACUGCAAUUCCAUAAUCUCAAACGAUCCAGGUUGAAAUUACAUCCAGAAGAGACCAAAAUUAACUGCUGUGGCACUUUCAAUUAUCAAUCGAACAGCAAGUUGGAUAGCAAUUGCCUAGAAACGUAUCAGUAUGACCAUAGCAUUUAUUUCAAGACUAUCGGUGAUAUUAAAAACGACAAGAGAGACCAAAAUCACAAUCAAGAUAGAGUAUCCAUCAGCAGUGAAGAGAUCAUUGAAUGGAAUGCUAGCUCGCUCACUAAUUCGAUUCUAAGCCUUAAUACAUUGAUCUUUGAGGACACUAACAAUAUUUCAGAUGCCAUCACCGAACAAAAAGAGAACAGAGUAACACAAAGCAUUUGGCCAAUAGUGGAUUUGCCCAAACUAGACUUAAAUUUGUUACAUAAUCGAGGAAGAGAUGAAACAAUCCGAAAGAUAAAGUGGAUAACCAAGGUCAGAAGAAACGAAUCAAAGAAUCAGGAAAGAACAAAUAGAAUUCGCUUAUUCCGAAAAAUCAAACAAUUAGCCAAGGAUAUGCGGAAAUCAUCAAUUAUCGGCGAGAACAAUGUCAUUUCCGGGAUCUUUUUGAAUUACACCAAUAAUUUUAAUGUUAUAAACAAUUCUCUAGAUGAUAAAUAAAAAUAAAAUUU